ACGACCUAUCACACACAUUCUAGGGUCCUGAGAAGGAAACAUGAAAUCCCUGGAAAAACCACCAGUGUGCAACCCCAUGUUAACUCAUGUGGAUCAUUUAGAAUAAUCCUCAAACUGAAGCUACUUGCUGCUUUGUGGGUCUGGAAAACUCCACAAAAGUCCAUCAACCCAUCCAUGUUGCAGGAUGAGAGGAGAGAAGCUGAUGCCUUGUGUACUUAUCACUCUACUGGGGCUGACCCUGAUGGAGUCAGCUCAUGGACUGCACAUGUCAGACGAACCCUGCUCUGUCCAAAUUCUCAUCCCAGGACUCAAAGGAGAGGAAGGAGAAAAGGGAGUGAAAGGAGCACCUGGGAGACCAGGAAGAAUGGGUCCACCAGGGGAGAUAGGACAUCUGGGAGUUAAAGGACAGAAGGGUAUAAUGGGACAUUAUGGGAAGAUUGGCCCCAGUGGAGUCAAAGGUGUAAAGGGAGAUAUGGGUGAUCUUGGAUCAAGGGGCCCGAAUGGUGAUCCAGGUGUUCCAUGUGAAUGCACACCCCUGAGGAAAACUAUUGGCGAGAUGGAUAUCCUAGUGACACAGUUAUCCAAUGAGCUGAAGUUCAUAAAAAAUGCACUGCCCUCCCCUGCAGCUGUUGCCGGCAUCAAAGAGACCGACAGCAAGGUCUAUCUGCUGGUCAAGGAGGAGAAACGCUACACCGACGCAGAAGUCUAUUGUCAGGGGAGGGGUGGACACCUGGCCAUGCCCAAGGAUGAAGGGGCCAAUACGGCCAUCGCUGGGUACAUCACAGAGGCGGGCCUGAGCCGGGUGUACAUUGGUAUCAAUGACAUAGACCGCGAGGGCCAUUUCACCUACGUGGAUAGCUCCCCAAUGAGCACCUUCAGCAAGUGGAGGGAAGGGGAACCCAACAAUGCCUACGAGGACGAGGACUGUGCUGAAAUGGUGGCGGUGGGGGACUGGACCGAUGUUGCCUGCCACCCCACCAUGUACUUUGUCUGUGAGUUUGACAAGGACAGUGUCUGAGGAGCAUUUGUUUGAAAGUGGUAGUCAGUUAUAGAGAAGCCUUUUAUAGAGUUCUUCAGAUCUUGUUCAGUAUGUUGAAUUAUUUUGACACAGCUACAUUUAAAUGUAAUCACCCACCAGUGCUAAAUAUCAUUGUACAGUAUAAAAGAUUGGGUACUGACAUGCAACAACAGUUGUGUAAAGACAAGGGGUUUCUUCUCAGUUGUUCCAGUUUUCUUCCUUUUUGACUUGAAUGGAUGCUGUUUUUAUAAACCAUUGCAUUUAAUGGAUACAGCAAUUUCUACCUUGAUCUCUUAAUCUACUUGGUAUCUGCUUUUUGAAGAUGAAACUUUUUUUGUCUUUCUUGUCAUGUUUAUGUGAGUUAUAUAUUGUAUCUUGAAGUGAACUGAUUUUUAACCCUCAAACGACCAACAUAGUUACAUACAGUGCCUUGCAAAAGUA